AUGAGUGGAGCAAUUGCAGUCAAAGAGAACGAUGAUAAUCAUCAUCAAUUCAUAACGGGUGAGAGUAUACAUUUUGAUUACAACAAUGAUGAACAAGAAGGCGGAAAAAAAAAGAAAAAGAAGAAGAAGAAGAAAAAUAAAAAAGGUGGAUCCAAGAAUUCUGAACUUGAUACUUCCAAUAUUCAAGCCAAACUAAUGAAUCCAGAUGAUGAUUAUCCAACACAUAGGGUGAUACGCCAAGGCGCUAAUGGUGAAGUAAUUGUAGAGCAACUCUCUGAAAAAGAUGACAAAUCUCAGCAGAAUGGCAACAUCAAAAAUAAAAAGAAGAAAGGAAAGGACAAGAAGGAAGAUAUUUGGAACCAAGAUUUUUCUGAUUCAGAGACCAAAGUGUUGGAAUUUUGGAAUGGGCUUGGUGAUUCCCAAAAGCGAGAAAUUUUUAAUUUUGAUGAAGAAUCGUUCCUACAAGGUUUGAAACAAGUGACGAAGAAUGAUUGUGAUUGCAACAUAUGUGGCAGAAGAAGAUCAUUCAUGGAGAAGAAGAUAUAUCAGCUUCAUCGAGUUUUUGAGAAAGCUGCCAGUUUAGAUGAGUUUUCCAAAGUUUUUGAGAACGCCACCAUAGACGAGAUAGUUCAUGAAUCUUUCCAGAUAAAUAGAAAACAGGAGCCACAGGUGAUACACAAGAGAAGUAAUAUCGUUUUUAGAAAUGAGAAUACUGAAAAUAGUAAAAACACACAAAGUCCAGUGGAGAAAAAUAUGAAUCUCAAUUCAAAUGACAAUGAUUAUUCUCCCAAAAAUGAAUCUGAAAAUGACGACCCACUUUCCCUCGAACUUCAAACAGAGACUGUCAGUAUGAAGGGUGUCUUCGAUCAUUUGGUGUCACAAAUCAAUAUGUUCAAUUUUGCAAAAGGACUUCCCAAAGAUGGUACUGAUAAAAAUUUGAAUUCUGCAACUAUCACCGAAGUCCCUGAAGAUGCUAAUGAACAUUACGAUAAUACGGAUGAUACUCAAUGCAAAAAUCCAGAAGGUAGUCUUGGUGUUAAUAUGAAUGAGAAUGCCAUUGCUUCAAUAGCCGAUGAUUUACUCCAAAAUGAUGGCAAAGAGUUUUUGGAUGUUAUGGAAAGAAUUACGAAUGUGAUGAAUAACCCUAAUGAUAAGUCAGCAGCAGGUAUUUUUAAAAAUGAUUUGCGAAUGUUUUUAGAUCAGUGUGGCAAAGAUGGGAAGAAUACCAAUGCGGAUUUCAAAAAGCUUUAUACAAGCAUAAAGACGGCAGAAUAUUUCAAAACAUUGUCAGCGCAGUUAAAGGAAGAAAAAGAGAAGAAUCUAAACCAAUAUAAAGAGAUCGUAGGAUAUAGCCUAGCUGAUAGCAAACUUGUAUUUGGCGGCUCUGAUUUUGAAAACAUUAAUUGUCGGGAAUCUGAUAAACAACAAAACAAAAAUCAAGGUCAAAUUGACAAUAAAGAUUAUGCUCACUCUCAAGAUGAUGAUCAAUGCCAACAUUAUGAUCAUCACCAUCACCAUCACCAUACUCAUUCCCAUCCCCAUCAUCAUCAUCAUAAUGAUAAUAAUAAUAAUAUUAAUGAUACUAAUAAUAAUACUAAUAAUAGUAAUAAUGACACGGAAGAUGAGGAAUACUAUAUAGGUGGAGAGGACGAGGAGGUGGAGGAUGAAGAGUAUGAAGAUGAAGAAUAUGAGUAUAGUGAUGAGGAUUCUCAUGAUUAUGAAGAUAGUCGCGAUUCAGAUCAAGAAUAUGAAGAUGAAGAAGAACAUGAUGCGGAAGGAGCAGAAGCAUACCCGGAUGCUGCGACAGAUAAUUAUGUGAAUGAUGAUGAUUUAUAUGAAGAGGGCAGAAAUCUUCUCAGGAAUGUCAUUACUGGGUUAGUCCAUAAUAGACUAAUUGCUUCGUAUAAGCAGAAAGUUGCAGAGGAUAAAGCCAAGGAAUUUCUUGAAGAGCUUAACCAAGAAGAAGAAAGAGAGAGAUUAAAAGAAGAAAAGAAACAGCGGGAGAAAGAAAAGAAACGGGAAAAGAAAAGAAAACAACAAGAGGCGAAGGAGGCCGAAAGAUUGAAAAAAGAACAAUCUAGAUUGGAGGCGGAGAGAUUGGCCAAAGAAGAACAGCAAAGAAAGACUGAAAUGGGAAGAAAGAGAAAAGAAGAACAACGAAAAAAGAAAGAAGAGGAGAAGAAAAAACAAUUGGAGAAGAAAAAACGCCGUGAACUAGAGAUGGAGAGGCAGAGGGAAUUAGAGAAACAAAAAAGGGAAAAAGAAUUGGAAGAAAAGAGAAAAAAGAAAUUGGAUGAGGAACGGAAAUUGGAUGAGGAACGGAAGUUAAAAGAAAAGAAAGAGGCAGAGAAGAGACAAAAGUGGCAAGACAGGAAAAAGUCAGAGGAGGCCGCUAGAUUGCAAACUGAUAUUAAAGAGAAUUUUUUUGAAAAUUCACUGAUUUCUAGUAUCACAAAUGAUCUACAAAACAGUGAUAAUAAUAUUCAACCUAAUAAAUUAACAUCAUUGGAGGUUGAUUCUACUAAGAUUUCACCGGCUUUACAGCAGAUGCAUUUUCCAUCUCAACUUCCGUCUGUCCAAGCUCUACAACAGGACUUUAAUAGUCCACAAUUCUAUGGUACUAGCCAAAAUUCAAUACUUUAUAAUCCCUCUCAAACUGCCAACUCGGCCAGGAACUCUUCAAUAUCCUCUGGUGGCUCUUCUCAUUUCAUUCAGAAUCAAGAAACCGGGGGCCCCUCUCAUUGGGGGGACAAUAGCUCUACCAGUAAUCUCAAUGGCACAAGGCCCAUGGUGAAUGCUGGCGGGAUCCAUGCUUAUGACCAUAAUUCACCUUUUAUGGCCUUCAAUAGUAUUUCUGACCAUUCAAAUGUGCCAGCAGUUUCCAGUCAAACUCCUAAAAUGUCCAGUGCCAGUCUACUAAAUACUAUUUUACCAGCAAAUGAUGCUCCGGCUGCAAACAAUGUGGAUAAUCAUAUUUGGGGAUCGCAUAUUAUUGGUGGCAAUGCUACUUCUCUGCUUAAUGGUUUUAGCCUCUCAAACCAAAUUUGGGGCAAGGGAUCCACAAAUAAUACAACCAGUAACUUAUGGAAUAGUCUAGGCACAAAUUCCAGCACAUCUACUGUCAAUACUCUUGGUGCCAUUCCUCUGUCUGGAGAAACUAAUGGUGCCCAAGAAGUGCCACAAAUCACCGGGUCUCGUAAUAUUGUUGGAAAUAAUGGAGCCAGCCCAUCUCUAACAAGUGCGGGGGGUUCCAUUUCAGAAUUGGUCCUUGAAGAUGCAAUUUUCAGGGCAUAUCAUGCCUUAAGUUUCGAUAGCUUUACUGGAACAACCACUGAUAAGUUCAUUGGAUUACCAGAAUUGUACCAAAUGGCGAGACAAUUUAUCCCAAGUACAACUUUGUUGACUUUGGCUGGUUUUGUUAGUAGAAUCAUAAUAAUUAUAAACAAUAGUAAACAUGGUGGUGGUAUUGGCUUAAAUUAUGAAUGUUCUUACGAUUUGCUGGGUGCUAUUACUCAUGUGAAAAUUAGGAAGGCCACACAAAGACCGAUUGAUGUGUUACCUAAAAGGAAUAGCGGAGCCGCAGGAAAUGGUAGUUUAUUGAAUGGCCUUGGAUUUGGCCAGUAUGAUUUAGGCAAUUCAUUCAGCAGUGGUGUGAACUUUGGGUCAAGUACUGGUAUUAACAGUUCUGCACCAUCUGUGAAUCCAAACCUUGAUAGUGUACCAAACUCUGUGAACUUCGGCAGCCCUGUAAACCCGGGAUCCGGGAACACAAUGAGCAGCUUGCAGAAUUUCAAUAUUAAUAACUUAACCAGCAAGAGCAACCCGAACGGGAGCAAAUCUUCUUUGAUUUGGUAA